AUGUCUUCCCGUCGGUUCCAUAAAAAGUCUCGUACAGGAUGCAAGCCAUGUCGCUCUCGUAGAAUAAAGUGCGACGAAACACAUCCGAAUUGUGCCAACUGCCAACGAGCAGAUUUGUCUUGCCAUUAUUCUCGGCGAACACCAGCUCCUGCAUCUCCUCAAGCAAACCAUUCUGAGCAUGCAUCUUCAGCUAGUCUUCAAAUAGAGAGCGAGGAGAGAUCGGGGUUUGAUUUGCUGGACCUGAGACUAAUGCAUCAUUUUACCCUGGUGACCUCCGCUUCUCUUUUCGAAGACAAUCAGCAACGCCUAUGGCAGGAGGAAAUCCCCCUCCAAGCGAGUUCUUGUCCCCUUUUGAUGCAUGGCAUCUUGGCUAUCGCCGCUCUCCAUUUGGCCUUGUCAACGCCGGCCGAGUCUUCGUCGUUAUUGGACCGGGCACUACAUCACCACACCUUGAGUCUUCAGCUUUUCAAUCGCCAAAUCACAACUUCCAAUUCUUCAAACGCACAUCUACACUUUUCAUACACCGUCUUGCUCAUUGUCUGGGCUUACGGGUCCGUUGUUCCGAUGGAUGACCAGUAUCUACAGCUUGAUGGCCUGCUGGACUCACUCGAGCUCGUACGAUUGGGGAAAAGCAUGUUUGAACUCCACAGUGAUGACAUCCGGCGAGAGGCAAUCGGUCAAUUUGCCGGAUUCGAUGCUUCAAGGGCCAAAAAAUACAUAUCAGAUACAGUUCGCCAGGCGCUCACUGGCUUGCGCGCCAAAGCAGACGAUUUCAUCGACAGCAUGGCCAUAGACCACAUGGAACAUCAUCUGCAGUUUUCCGAAACCACCGGUGACGUACGGUUUGUAAUAGGAUGGCCGGCCGUCGUUGAAAAUGCUUUUUGGGCCCGGAUCAGAUCGCACAAGCCAGUUGCAAUGUUGAUACUGGCGCAUUACUCCAUGCUUCUUGCCAAGUGUAAAGAGCAUCAUUGGUGGAUAUCAGGUUGGGCUGGCCGUGUUCUCCUGGCCGUGGAAAACAUCCUUCCUGACUCAGAGAAACGCCGACUUGAUUGGGAGACCCAUCGGGUUUGGAUCAGGCAUGAGAUGAUGAGGUCGCCUUGAGAUUUGUUUUUCUCCAGACUAUCCAACAUACUCAUUGUUCACUGUCAUGGCCACGAUGCCCCGAAGAUGGUCAACCAAUCAACACUCUUGCUACCUGAUGCCAAUUUUAUUCAGAGGAUCAUCAAAGUCGUAUAACAACCAGGCCAUGAGACAAGACAUCAAGACCCUAGCAACGACUGGCAACCGUGAAAAGCAACCAUUGCAAAAAGGGCUCUGCAGGGAAUAUAGAUAGACGAGACUACUAAUGACAGCAUUAAUAUUGUAGUUAUCUGGGUGCUCAUGUACAUGCUUAGCAGUGUUCUCGACAUCCUGAUAAUCUAAGUGGCCCGCUAAAUAAUUUACUCGUGCUGAGAUCUUGGUUGUGGGCCAGGGAGUGAUUGUUAAGUUAGGAUUCUUUUAAUGCCUAUGCUAGACACUGAUAGACGUUAUUCUACUUCAAGUAACGGAG